AUGUCCACAUGUCGCUACCUCUUCGAUAAGAAGUACGGAGUUAGCUUAUCCACGAAAGAGGAAUGGGCUGACGUGAGCUCUCAAGCUCAACAAAUUCGUUUGGCACAUACGGACAUCCAGAUGCCAGAUUUCACUAAUUAUCGUAAGGAGGAUGUAAAAAGUCCAACAUCUGAUAGUAAAACAUCUCUACAUAAGAGACAAACGUUUUCCUAUCUUUUUGCUGGUGGUGCCGGUGUUGGAGCCGCAUAUGUUGGCAAAGCCUUCGUCGUUGAUCUUCUUUCUACUUUGAGUCCUUCAGCUGAUGUUUUGGCAAUGGCAAAGAUCGAAAUUAAGCUCGAUGCUAUUCCAGAAGGAAAAAGUGCCGUUUUCAAAUGGCGCGGAAAACCUCUAUUUGUUCGACACAGGUAACAAAAAUAACUUUCAGUUA